GGCGGUCUCCCGGCUGCGCCGCGGUAUCGAUCACGGUAGCGAAACAUGGCUCGGUUUGUCGCUCGUUUCUCCAAAGUCUUCUUGGGAGGAAACUUUGUCAAGGGCGUCAUUGCUCCGAAGAGUUUUCAGUGGUCACGACGUGUCCAUGCAAAGGCAGGUUUGAGGUCACUGACCCGAUACGAUGAGACAACCGUAAAUGUUGAUUGGCAAAAGAAGCUCACCCCAGAGCAAUACUUCGUCACUCGAGAAAAGGGAACAGAACUGCCUUUCAGUGGAAUCUAUCUGAAUAAUACCGAACAAGGCAUGUACCAUUGUGUCUGCUGUGAUGCUGUGCUUUUCAGCUCUGAAACCAAGUACGAUUCUGGCACUGGUUGGCCUUCAUUCUGGCAAAUCCAUGGCACAGUGGGUGGUGAUGAAUCCAGUACGAAUGCACUAUGUCGCCCAGAUAACUCCAUGGGAUCAACUGGAACUGAAGUUAUUUGCAAAAAGUGUGAUGCACACCUGGGCCAUGUGUUUGAUGAUGGACCGGAACCCACAGGACAUCGAUUUUGCAUCAACAGUGUGGCAUUAAAUUUCAAGCCUGAAAAAAUACAGUGAUUUCCAAAGCAAUAAGUUACUAUUGUUACAUAAUACUUUGUUUAACUUGAGUUGAGUUUCUAGUCCCAUGAUAUAUAAAUGGGUGCAGAAGUGCUUUCAUUGUAAAUUAUCUGUUUGCUGCAUUUAGUCAAAUUUUCAUUGUAUUUGAAGAGCAAAUUCUACAGUGUUUUUGCCCAUAUUGCCUAUUCUAUAAAGUUCAAGCAAAGACCCACCCAUUUUUAUGUAAGAAAAUGUUAAGUUAAUAUUGAUUUUGUUUCUGCAAAAUUAAUUAUUUACAGUUUGCAGAUUUUAAAUGCACAUAGAUAAUACACUAUCUUUUGAAAUCCAUUCCCAUGUAGAAUGCUAACUUUUCUCUACUGGAUGGUUCUAGAUUUAUUUUUGUUCCUAGACUUUUUUUUAUUUUCCUUUUAUUUUCUGCUGUGAUUUACCACUAGUUAUUCAGCUGCAAUGACCCAACUUUCAUAAAUCACGUAAAUGCAGGUGUAAUUCAUGCAUUGACAUUUGUUGAUUUAACCACAUUUCUGUGCACUAUUCAAAAGGCCAAACAUAAAUUAGAUUUCGUGUAUCCAAACACAUUUAUCUGCAUGUCUUGUCCUGGUUCUAGAGGACUAGCGAUUUUGAAAGCUGCAAAUCAAUUGCUAAAGGAUAAUUAUACAAUUUAUAAUGGAAUAAAUAUAAAAAUCAGUUUUGGUUGACUAUACAUAUUUAUUUCCAUGAUUCAGGAAUGUCAUUUAAUA